ACUCUCCCCCCCUCCCUCCCUCCCUCUAAAAACUAUAUAAAAAUAACUUUUAAGUAUUUGCUUGACUCCGUCUCUAUUGAAUUAUUUUCUUCUACUUUUUAAAAUCCAAUUCACACUUUCAAAACUGCAUAAUAAUUACUCCUUUUUUUCCUCCCUUUCUCUCUCUCUCUCUGAAUACAUUUUUUCUCCCUAUUCUCUUUUGGUGUGUUUGUUCGUUUACAGUGAAACAUUCGCGUUUGGAAUCAUCGAAAGUGCGGAAUUGUAAAGUGAGGAUCGAAAUCCCUGAUUCAGUUGUUCGCAGCUUUCACUUAUAGCGAUGCGAGAUAAAAUAAGUUGGAUUUAGAGGGCAAAAAAAAAUGUCGAAAGUGAUAUUCGAAGGGUGGAUGGUGAGGUAUGGAAGGAGGAAGAUCGGGAGAUCGUUUAUUCACAUGAGGUAUUUCGUUUUGGAGCCUACGCUUCUCGCUUAUUACAAGAAGAAACCGGAAGAUAAUCAGGUACCAAUCAAAACCUUGUUGAUUGAUGGGAAUUGUCGAGUAGAGGAUCGAGGCCUGAAGACUCAGCAUGGACAUAUGGUUUAUGUUCUAUCUGUCUAUAACAAGAAAGACAAGUAUAAUCGAAUCACAAUGGCAGCAUUUAACAUCCAGGAACAAUUGAUGUGGAAGGGAAAAAUUGAAUUUGUAAUUGAUCAGCAUCAGGAGUCCCAAGUUCCCAAUGGUAACAAAUAUGCCUCAUUCGAAUACAAAUCUGGGAUGGAUAAUGGGAGGACUGCUUCUUCAUCAGAUUGUGAAAUUCAGUUCAUUGCACAGGAGGAUGAAGAUGAAAGUCAUACAAAUUUGUUGAGGAGAACAACCAUUGGAAAUGGUCCACCUGCCUCAGUAUUUGACUGGACACAAGAAUUCGAUUCAGAUUUGACAAACCAGAAUGCCAACAACCAAGCAUUCUCCAGAAAGCAUUGGCGCCUUUUACAGUGUCAAAAUGGACUCCGCAUUUUUGAAGAGCUGCUUGAAGUCGAGUACCUUCCAAGGAGCUGUAGUCGAGCAAUGAAGGCUGUAGGUGUUGUUGAGGCUAGCUGUGAAGAAAUAUUUGAACUUAUAAUGAGCAUGGAUGCUAAACGGUUUGAGUGGGAUUGCAGCUUCCAGCAUGGUAGUUUAGUUGAAGAGGUGGAUGGACAUACAGCAAUUCUCUAUCAUAGACUUCAGCUGGACUGGUUUCCUAUAUUUGUGUGGCCGCGUGACCUUUGCUAUGUGAGAUAUUGGCGGCGAAAUGAUGACGGUAGCUAUGUUGUGCUAUUUCGUUCUAGAGUGCAUGAGAAAUGUGAUCCACAACCAGGUUAUGUGCGGGCCAAUAUCGAGAGUGGAGGUUUCAUUAUUUCCCCUUUGAAACCUUGUAAUGAGAAACCUAGAACACAGGUGCAGCACCUUAUGCAGAUUGAUCUAAAAGGAUGGGGUGUGGGUUAUGUUUCAUCAUUUCAGCAACAUUGUCUUCUUCAGAUGUUAAAUAGUGUUGCUGGACUACGUGAAUUGUUUUCCCAAACAGAUGAGAGAGGUGCCCCUCCAAGAAUUGCUGUUAUGGCCAAUAUGGCAUCAGCUUCUGCUCCAUCAAAGAAAAAUGUAAAGCUGCCAGAAUCUUCUGUUCAUCCUACUCCACCUUCUCUCGAUCAGAUAAAUGCUGCCAGCAGACACUCUGUAAUGGACGAAGACACCGAUGAUGAUGAAGAAUUUCCAAUAGCUGAAGAAGAGCAAGAGGCUUUCGGAGCCAAGCAUGAGAAUGAUGCAAAGAGAACAGCCUUGGAAGAAGAAUCAGUUGAUCAAAUCGAUUUAUCCUGUUUUUCGGGUAAUCUACGCCGUGAUGACCGUGACAAUGCCCGUGACUGCUGGCGAAUAUCUGAUGGAAACAACUUCAGAGUUCGUAGCAAGCGAUUUUGUUUUGACAAAUCAAAGGUCCCUGCAGGAAAACAUUUAAUGGAUCUUGUUGCUGUUGAUUGGUUCAAAGAUACAAAAAGAAUGGAUCAUGUUGCCAGGCGUCAAGGAUGUGCUGCACAAGUUGCUUCAGAGAAAGGGCAUUUCUCUGUGGUUUUUAAUCUGCAAGUUCCUGGUUCAACACACUACAGUAUGGUAUUUUAUUUCGUGACAAAGGAAUUAGUACCUGGAUCUCUCUUGCAACGGUUUGUUGAUGGUGACGAUGAAUUCCGCAACAGUAGGUUUAAGCUUAUUCCAUCAGUUCCCAAGGGUUCAUGGAUUGUGCGGCAGAGUGUUGGAAGCACCCCGUGCUUAUUGGGAAAAGCAGUUGAUUGCAACUAUAUCCGUGGUCCCAAGUACCUAGAGGUUGAUGUUGAUAUUGGUUCUUCUACUGUUGCAAAUGGAGUCUUGGGACUUGUAAUUGGUGUAAUUACAACAUUGGUGGUUGACAUGGCUUUCCUUGUACAGGCUAAUACUACAGAAGAGUUGCCAGAGAGGUUGAUAGGUGCCGUCCGUGUUUCUCAUAUAGAGCUCUCAUCUGCUAUCGUUCCUAAACUGGAUCCAGAUCCCUCGUGACUGACAGAAACCAUUAUUCUCCCCACUGAUUUUACACAAUCAUUUGUUUAGAUAUAUGCUUGCAUCCCAUUUCCAAUUUCAUUUUUUCUUGUAUCAUAUACUGGAAUGGUCAUUGGUGUUUUCAAAUGGAAUUUUGUAUGGAAAAAAUAGUGAAAGGAAAUUUGUUCAGUUAA